AUGCAGACUAUUAAGACAGUGGAGACCCAGGUGCCCUUCCUGAAAGAGAGCUUCUUCACUACCACUUUUAAAGGCAGGAGGAAGAGCAGUGUGACCAAUCUCCUGCGCAGACAACAGCACUCACUCAUUCUUCCUCAGCAGCAGCAACAACAGUGCAUUUUAGAACAACAUUAUCAGCAGCAGCGGCAUCCUCAGCUUCCACUUCCCUCCUCUGCUGGGAAGGGACAAGGGCCGCAGACGCCGGAGCAUCCUCGCCUGGCUCGCUCGACCAGCAACCCGUUAUGCAAGACAGCAGAGCGUGCAGCAGCAGAUGGGAGGAGAAAGGAGGGGCAACAAGAGAUAAAGGAUGAGAGAGUGAGAAUGGCUGAGCAGGGGGGGGAGGGUGAGCGAGUUGUGAGUGGAAGUGAGCCUGUGGCUGCCAGUGCCAGUCUCCUCCUCCUCUCAUCAGCAGCAUCAGCGGAGGCAACAUCAUCCUCACAGCUGCCUUUAACAGUGGUGAGUAGACAGCAGGGAUUAGGCGGCUUUGAAAGGGCUCUGACUAGCAGUGGACCAACAUUAACAACAGCCCGGCAAGAAGACCAACGUGGCCAGCUUCGACCCCAGCAGCAUGGCUUCAUAGCUAAGGGCGUCCGCCUGCUCAGGAACAUGGGUAACCAGGAGGCAAAGCAGAAGAAAGGAGGAGGAAAUGGUGGGACAGCAGGUGUAGGAGAUGGGGAUUCCCCCUGCGAUAGGGAUGCCGAUGACAGGGAAGUGGACAAAAAAUUGAAAAAGUCCCAGAGUAAGGUCAGCAAAGGAGGAGGGGAGAAUGUCACUAAGAAGAAAUCAAAAUCAGAGUCUAAAGGUUCUGUGUUUUCCAGCAUGAGGAUCAGGAAGAGUCUGUCCAAGACAAAGGGGUUGUCCAAGGAGGAUAUCUUGGAAGGUAUGAGAUCAACAGAAUUCAAGCCCAAUGCAGAGGCUAGCCUGUCAGUUGACGACAUGUGUAUGAUAUCGGACGGUGAGGGCGAUCAGGGCCAUUUCACUGGAGUUAGUCGGCAGUCCACAAUAGAUGGGGAUGGCAGGAAGACAAGCUCAGGGUCGGACGCUGACCUCUACAGUUUCCACUCAGCAGCUGAAAAUGAAGAUCUGCUGUCUGACAUCCAGCAGGCCAUCAGAGAGCAACACGGAGCAAGCGAUAUGGUCUUGGAGAAGGUCACUGGCCAAUUCCCUGAUGGUUCCAUCUCAAAAAAUAAAGGCUCUGAGGCUACUAAACAGAAAGAUGUGACAUCUGGGCAGCUACAAAACCUGGGUAAAGAAGUUGUCUCCACCCUGGUAGGUAGUGACAUUUUAGCUCAAGAACAAAGUAUUGAGUGUAUGAUAUCAGAAUAUGAAAGACAUGACAUACCCAUAUCAAGGAAUUUGUCUGAACCAGGGUCCCUGAGUGAGAGUGGCCCAUCGUCUUCAGCACCAGACACAGAGAGAAGCAGUGGUAGCCUUUUUCCAAAGACCAAUAGCACAUACAGCUUCCCUGACACUACUGCCACCACCACCUCUUAUGAGAGUGCUGAGGAGCUCCAGGAUGAGCUGGAGAGUCCAGUUCUGCCUUUACAGCUGAGCCAAGGUGGUGGGGCUACAUUGAGCAAAAACUUGUGUGUGCCAUGUGUCCGGAUAGACCCUGCGGUGGCAGGGCCAAUAGGGUCUCUCAAGAGUGUGAGCAGCAUGGACCUUUCUUUGGAUAGGGAGGAGGAAGAGGAGAAUGGGAGGCAGGACUUCCUGUCCCUUAGGAGGAGAAAGAGUAGCAUGUCCAUUAGCCAGCUGACGUCAGAUGGUUCCCAUGUGUCUUCUCCUAGACGGACAUCCUCCAGUGCCUCAUCCACUGUGAAGCUCUACCCCCCAGUACACCCAUCAUACGUUAAGACAACCACCAGACAGCUUACCUCACCUAUUGCCUCCCCCAUUACCAGCCCCAACGUCCCCAGGAAAACAGAAGGCACUCCAUUGUCAGAGAGUGAGGCCCAGGAAUGGAGGAGCCUCAGACAGAGGUCCUGUUCUAUCGCUGGGCUGCACAGUGUCUGUGCAGAGUGGUCCAAAGAGCUGGACGAGCUGAGAACCGGGCAGGACAGUGGGGCAAAGAUCCUGGAGCAAGGUACACCUGAGAAAGUGCACACAGGUGGAUCUUAUUGGACACUGGGCUCGAGAAGAGCACAUUCUGGCCGCCGGAGCUCCAAUGCCACGCUACUCUAUCUGGAUGUCUUCUCUGGUCGUACUCUGUUGGAGAGGCUGUGUGCACAGAAUGGAGAGGCGUCCACCGAAGAGGAGGCCAGAGAACUCUGUUACCGGAUGUUGGCCUUGGGUCUCCUGCAGGCCUUCAGCGACGGCCCCAAAGAGCUGGACUGGGACAGCACCAUCACAGCGACCCCACCCAUGUUUAAUGAGGAGCAGCUGUACACGUGGGCUUCUUUAGGCCAGCCAGUAUCGUCCCACCAGUGGGACCUGUAUGGGGGGCGUCCCACAGGCAGACUGCAGGCCCAGAGGACCACUCCACAGCAGUUAUCAGCCAAGACACCUGGCGGACUCCUCUCUCAGAGAGAAUCCAGCAGGUUGAAGUCAGGUCAGUCAUCCUCUGAGGAUGAAGGCUCUCUUAUCCCUCAGCUGGAGAGGACCAUUGAUGACCUGCGGAUUAAUAUUGCAGUGCUGCAGGGCCAGCAGACCUCCUUGGCAAAGGACACUGUGGAUAAUACAGGAACUCUGGGCAAUGCUAACCACAAGGCCUCCCAGAUGAGGGGAGGAAGGCUGGGAAAGGCGUGCCAGGAGAUCUCUGUCCAGACUUCGCCUAUGGAGGAGGGCUUUAAGUUUGAUGUGCCUUUAAACAGAAGACCACGCAGCACAUCUUCCUCUGCCCCGAGUCCAGUGUCCCCGUAUUCCUCCAGUGCCGUCACUCCCAAACCCACUCAGGGCUUCGUCUGCACCUGCCAGCAGAGGCAGCAGCAGAGCAGCACCCAUCCGCCUCCUCCUCCCCCAACUCCUCCGCCCACACCUGGCCUCCCACCUCCGCCACCCCCUCCACCUCCUCCUCCUCUAGUUGGUGGAGCGCCUCCACCUCCACCACCACCACCACCACCACCUUUACCAGGGGGCCCUGCUCCUCCUCCACCACCACCUCCCCCACCACUACCUGGGCAGGGGCCUUGUCCGCCGCCACCUCCCCCUCCACUGCCAGGCUUUGGACCUCCACCCCCUCCUCCUCCACCCCCAGGUAUGGGCCCCCCUCCACCACCCCUUCUCCCUGGGAUGGGUCCUCCUCCUCCACCCCCACCUCCAGGCUUCGGGCCUCCUCCACCCCCAGGCCCCAUGACCUCCAUGAUGGUCCAGGAGGCUGUCCCUUCCAAGGCUAUCAUCGAGCCCCCUAAACCCAUGAAGCCACUCUACUGGACUCGCAUACAGCUGCAUGUGAAAAAGCAGAGUGGCUCAUUAGUGUGGGAGAAGAUUGAGGAGCCAACUGUGGAUUUUGAGGAAUUUGUGGAACUCUUCUCCAAAAGUGCCGUUAAGGAAAAGAAAAAGCCAAUAUCAGACACAAUCAGCAAGUCCAAGGCCAAGCAGGUGGUGAAGCUUUUGAACAACAAGCGCUCCCAGGCUGUGGGGAUUCUCAUGUCCAGCAUUCAUCUAGACAUGAAGGACAUCCGCAAUGCCAUCCUAAAUAUGGACAACACUGUAGUUGAUCUGGAGACUCUACAAGCCCUUUAUGAGAACAGAGCUCAAGAUGAUGAGAUGGAUAAGAUUGAGAAGCACAUUAAAUCAGUCAAAGACAAGGAGGAUGCCAAGCCACUAGACAAGCCUGAACAGUUUCUCUUUCAGUUGUCACAAAUCCCCAACUUCUCAGAGAGGGUGUUCUGCAUACUAUUUCAGUCAACUUUCCAUGAAUGCAUCUCAUCUGUUCUCCGCAAAGUUGAAAUCCUUCAGAGAGUAUGCAAGACUCUCCAGAGUGGUAAGUGUGUGAUGCAGGUGUUGGGUCUGGUCCUGGCCUUCGGUAACUUUAUGAAUGGAGGGAAUCGGACUCGAGGCCAGGCCGAUGGCUUCACCUUGGACAUUCUGCCAAAGCUGAAGGAUGUGAAGAGCAGUGAUAACUCCCAGAGUCUUUUGUCCUACAUUGUUGCUUACUAUCUAAGGCACUUUGAUGAGGAUGCCGGCAGAGAGACCUGCAUCUACCCUCUGCCUGAGCCCCAGGACCUUUUCCAGGCAUCCCAGAUGAAGUUUGAAGACUUUCAGAGAGACCUCCGCAAGCUGAGGAAGGACCUCAACGCAUGCUCGGCUGAGACAGAGAAAGUGUGUAAAGUGUCCACUGAAGAUAACCUGCAACCCUUCAAGGACAAGAUGGACGAGUUUCUGAGCCAAGCCAAAACAGAACUGGACACUCAAGAGAAGCAGCUGGCAGACACUCAAAAGAUCUUCUUGGAGUUGAGUGUGUUCUUCUCAGUCAAGCCCAAGGCCGGAGAGAAGGAGGUCUCUCCAAACACUUUCUUCUCCAUUUGGCAUGAGUUUUCCACUGAUUUCAAAGAGCAGUGGAAGAAAGAGAACAAACUGAUGCUGCAGGAACGUGUUAAAAUGGCAGAGGAGUGUUUCAAGCAGGCCAGGGAGAAAGCCUCCUACAACGUCAAACCCAAACAUGCAACUGGAAUAAAAGCAAAGCUGGGUCAGAAGAUCUGAAGCAGAGGAUGGAAAAUGAUCAUCACCAAGCGUCUUGCACACUGUUAGUACAAUCUGACACGGCUCAUAACUCAUUUUUCCUUUCUUUUUUUUUUUUUUGCCUAGAAUUUGUUUUAAAUUAAUUUGGAGCCGUUGUUUAUUGUGAGUUGGUCCAAAGUGGAUAUUACAUUGUUUGAAAGUGCAAUGAAUAAGUACAAACAUUCACAGCCACUACGUGUCAGUACUCAUAGUUAGCUGAGAGAUUACUACCACAAGACACUCUAAAGCUGGGAUGAUUUGAUUUAGUCAAGCCAUUUGACAGAAAACGCUUUCUACAGUUUGGAAUUUGUAGUCAAUAUCCAGCCUUUUUAAGCAAUAUGUAGCCUGUUUUCUUUUUUAUUGCAAUUUGCAAGGCUAGUUUACAAGGAAAAGAUGAACAGCUACACACUUCCUUUGCACACCCCCGUCUCCCCACGUGAAGAGAAGCACAAGAGUUUAAAUGUUGAUGUAGGUACAGAUCACCUGCGAGACAGCAAGUGCCUUAAAACGCAGUGAAACGGUCAAAUAAGUGCUGUAGAAAGGACCUUACUUCUGAAACAUAUCAUCUGUAAUGAAACGUUACAUGUAAUGACAUGAGUCCUACUAAGGCUGAUAAAAGACAAAUUUACUGAAACCACUGACUUGUCAUCAACAUGGUGUUUCAGAACCCAAUAAUAUUUAAAGUUCCUAUUUACCUUCUUCCGUGUGGUUCAUUAUGCUUUAUACCCAAAAGGGGCAUACAUUUAAAAAGUGUGAUCUGAGACAGAUGUACUAUUUGUCUGCUUUAUAUGUCAAUAUUGUUGUACUUUUUGUUUUAUGCAAAAUAAUAUGCAGAUAGUGUUGCUUUUCCUAUUGUGUGUGAAUGUGUGAGCUGCCCAGUAUCCUGUUGGAGCAAGCAGCAUCUGAUUAAACCCUCAUGUGCAAUACCAACAAUAUCUUUUUGAUCAAAUACCUUUGACCAUGAAAAUAUAUAUUUAUUGAAUAA